AUGGCUGCACCGGUCGCCGUUACUUACACUCCGACGGCGGAGAUGCCGCUGAUGAAGGGCAUAAGGGCCGAGCUGGUUGAGGCCUUGGACAAGAAUGAGAGCCUCUUUGAGGUCACACUGAUGCUUGGCGAUGUUGUCAAGGACUUGGAGAGAGUGCGUGGUAAGGUCUCCAUUGGUAAGACCCUGGAGUGUUUCGAGGAAGGCGUGCCGUUGCUGCAAAUGGCCAGCCUUCUUCAUUACGUGAACGUGAAGCUGCUUAGGUCUAUCAUUGCAGGCACCUUGGCAUAUGACCUGUACCAGGAUCAGGACCUGGGCGCAAAUUGUCAGUACAAUGAGAACUGCAGCCCUGGAACUUACGUGGUGUCCUUGUCAAUCAAGGGCAGAGAAGGCAAGUUCCUUAACAUCAAGGAGCUGCGUGCUCUGGCCGAUUGGGUCGAUGAGUACGCGGAGGGUGCGGAGACGUGGAACAGUAACGACAGGACCUGGGAUGACCAGGAUCCAUUGCACAUCGCAGCGAGGGACUUCAUCAAAGAUGUGGAUAGUAGAGCUGGGCGAGCUGACCCAGAUGUCGAGCCACGAUUUGGUCCAACGACUGAGGCGAUCAAAAGGCUAAGAGAACUCGCACGCAUGUUUCGUCGUCGGGCCGAUAUGCCACUUGAUGUUCAGAACAGAGGCGAGACUUACCAAAUCCAGGCGCCAGUCAUGGUUGGCUGUACGGCUGAGACCAUUGCGGAGGGGACUAAAGCACAUGUGCCGCAAUGUACCGAUGUCAAUUCUCUGUAUCCGGCAGCGAACAGUCUGCAGAACACCACGAAGACGUGGGCAUUGACUGUGAGCCUGCUUUACUAUAUGGAUCUUGAGCCUGACAUCGUGCACGUCGCUGCAUUGCCGUUCUUCAACCCGAACGAUCUGCCAUUGACCGAGAUUCUUCUCACCACGAUGGCGCGGUCAUUUGUCUGGCAGGAUGGCUUUAAUGUCAUCCAAGGAGGAGGCAAGUCAGACGAGAACUACCAGAAUCGCGGGUAUGAGGAGAAGAGGAAUGUGUGUCAUGCACGAGACUUUCUCGAGAAGAACUUGUUCAUGAGUCUGGAGCGAAUCCAGGAACUGCGGAACAAGAUUGCCAUUAUCGAGAACUUGGAGGGAAUGGACCUCGAUGCUCUGGACAUCGAGGUCAACAAACUGCAAGCCAAGAAGAAUGAACUUCAGUUGGCAGUCAACGAGUACGAAAAGAGUGAAGCCAAGCUCGCAGAAAGAGUUCAGGCGGCUGCUGCCCUUGUGGAACAGCAAGACGAGAUGCUGCAGCAGUGGAGAGGAUGGAAUGAGUUUCUCGAUCUUUUAGGGGAAUAG